AUACACGCCCACCACAGAAUCAGACACCACAACCCACGGAGUCACUUUGCGUGCUGCAACUUUCACAUUUGUACUACCUAUCAAAAGAAAUCGAAGACGCGCGACCAGAAGGGAAAAAAAGUUGACGUCACAUCUCCCUCUACCAUGGCACCUACCCUCUACCCCCGCGCCACAGUCAAGAAGAUAGUAAAAGCGCAUUCGAACCGGCCACUUAGCAAGAAUGUUGAUAUUCUUAUUUACUUGAAUUACGUGUUAUUCAUGCAAGAAUUGAUUAAUGAGGCGAGCAUCAAGAGUAAGCAGCGUGGGGAGAGAGGUAUCUCGGCGAAGAGUGUGAAGAGGGUUAGUGAGGAUGUGUUGAGGAAGUAUAAGGGGUAGGGGGCAUGGGAUGGUGAUGCUUGAGGGGAAGGAAUAGCAAAUGGGUCAAAGGUGUUUUGGGCGCAUGGCUUGAUAUGAUACCCGGGUUCGUAAUUUCACAUGUAUGAUGAACAGGGAAAUUGAUUCUAUAUUUUAUGUGCAACAAAUGUGAAUACUGGAUCUUUUACGCGCCCAGAGCCAUGCACGUACAUGAUUUAAACAUAUACUUCACUCCUUGACGACCUUUGGCACAAUCCACCCAUCCGCAUACCUCUUCCCCGUCCCCGCCUCUGGAAUCUCAGCCUUGAUACCUGAUACGUUAACUCCCUUCU